AUCUGAAGACCAAACAAAGCCUUGCAGAGCAGAAAUACAAAGAGGGAAUCCGGGGGGGAAAAAAAAUAGAGAAAAGAAAGAAAAGAGUUGAAAAGACGCUAACACCCUUCUUCUUCAUCAACCCGUUUUGUUGUUGUUCCCCUGUGUGAAGAAGAAGCGAGGGUUAAAGCUCUUAGUUUCAGAGAAAAGGAACUCAGCAGCCCCGUAGCGUUUGAUCUUUGGUUUUUAAACCUUUUUUUUUUCUUUUUUGUUUGUAUUUUUGGAAGAUUUCUUAGGGAUUUUGUCUUCUUUCAUUCAUGGGGACUGAGAUUUUAAGACCUCAGGAUUGUUUGAUCGAAAGGAUCAGAGUUCCACCGGCAGCGUUUUGUCGUCGGAGGAGUUCUUAUGGAAACUAUGAUUCCAAUAUUUGUAACAACUAUAAUCCUAGAUCUAACAGGAAGUCGGUGGCUCGUUCGGAGCGGCCGGAGCGGCCGGAGCAGCGGAAGAGAUUUGUUCCGAAUCAUUCUGAGCCGUCGGUCUCAAAGAGAUCGAGUUCCGACGAUUUGAAGGCGAUGAAAAAUAGUUUGGUGAUGGAAAAGGUUACGAUCUUGAGGCGAGGUGAAUCUCUUGAUUCGAAGAUCAAGAGCGAAGCUCUGAAGAAGGAAGGUGAUAAUAUUGUCGUGUGUGGAACAGAUAGGUUGGGACCGGCGCCGGAAACGGUUGCGAAACAAAUACGGAUUGUCGACGUUCGGAGUCCGAUAGCCGGGAAAGCCGAUGUGUACGCCGGAUCGGCGUUUUCGAUGUCGCCGUCUCCUAGUUCUCUUCCAUUACCAUCGUUUUCGAAGAAGAAACACGUAUCCGCCAUCGUUGACGACUCGGCUACAAGAGAUCUGAGGCGUUUGCUUCGGCUCGACGCAUGAGUUCUUCACCAGAUCUUGAAUUUGGAUCUGAAAUCCAUCAAAAAAUUCGACACAAAAAUUAAUCUCAUCCAUUUCUCUCAUCUCUCAUCUUUUCUAACGUCUCUCUCGAUCCGUCCAGAUCUGAACCGCCGUGAUUUUUUUAAACGGUGGUGGAUCGGAAAAUCGAGCCAAUGAGACAGGUAAAUCAGAUUAAAAUCAAGAAGUAUAUCAUAUCAUAUAAUAUAUAUAUAUAUAUAUAUAUAUAUAUAUAAUAUCGUGUAUUUAUGAUGAUCCAGGUUUGUUUAACGGGGAAGAAAUUCUGUGUAUUGUAAGUUUUUAGCUAAAAAUCUAGGCCGGAAGAACAGUUAUUUGGGUGGGUAUGGGUUUGAUUUCUGCAAAUAUUGGGAGGAAAAAAAAUUUAGUUUGCGCUUUGAAUGAUUAAAUUUCUGCUCUGUUGUGAAUUUCAUUUGAGUCAAGGGCUUUGUUAGUUUUUUUUUCUUUUUCUUUUUCUUUCUCUUUCUCUUUCUGUAUGAUAUUAUGAAGCUUAAUAUAAUAAGAAAACAAAUCUGAUGAAGAUUUUGUAGAUCUG